UUGAUGAAUUGUUGUGAAUGACCGAAGCUGAAGCAAGUGCACUUGGUUGAAUUUUCAUAUCAGCCGAAAGAAAAAUUUUCUUGUAAGAUUCGGAUUUGAAACUUCCAAAUAAUAAGUUUUAAACUCCAAACGUUGAGCCGUCGCCCCUGUAAUUAAAAGAAUGCUUAGCUCCUCUUUCCUGAGGCUGAAAUCAUCAUAUAAUUAUUAUAAUAAUGCAUGUAUAUUAUCUUAAGGGAAUCUCACCUAGGGCCAUCUUAUCGGGAACCUAUUCCUUGGGCUUAUUGGCUAGACAAAGGGGAAAAGAGAUACGGUGCUGUUUUCUGCUUUGUUCUUUUGGCUCUGCGGGUGCAACAAAGGAUGGUGCUAAACAACGGAUAGCAGAUCGUGAGGCUUCAUUUUGAUACAAACGGAGCCCCAAUGCGGCGUAACUGGGUCUCCAAUUGCGCCACACACCCCAUUUGGUGAGCAAAGACAACACGGUGGAGACCAUUCUGAUUUCUAACUGUGCUGCACCUUCAGUGGAGGAUGGGUCCAUUGAAAAAUUGAGUGAGGUCCUUUUGGGAUGAUUCCCCAUUUGCGUUCGAAAAGGCAAGCCAUGCAUUUACAUGGCUCAUUGUCAUUCGAGUGCAAGUCUAUAUAACAUCUCUUUCACUCUUCUUUCCCCAUAACUUGAUCUUGAAGAAUAUUCAUCGUCUUUGACAUGGGAGAAGCUGAGCUACUGCAACACUCGAUCCCAGUUCAGGAGACUGAAGAUGUGAAAUCGGAGGAACAUAUGGAGGUUUCAAAUCAAUCGAUAGUGCCUAGACCCCAAAACUAUAAGCGAUGGCUACGUAUAGGUUUGUAUACACUCUUUGUGGUUUCUGGCCAGUCAAUUGCUACAAUGUUGGGAAGACUGUACUUUGACAAAGGUGGAAAGAGCCAAUGGUUGGCAACACUUAUGCAACUGGCAGGCUUCCCAAUUAUCAUUCUUUACUAUUUCUUCUCAACGCUAAAAAAUUCAACUGCAACGAGUACUAACACAAGACCACCAUCAACCAUGAUUCUUGCAUCAGUUUAUGUCUGCCUUGGCCUGCUUGUAGCAAUAUAUUGCUUGCUGUUCUCAACUGGAUUGCGAUACCUUCCAGUGUCUACAUAUUCCCUCAUUUCUGUAUCCCAGUUAGCUUUCAAUGCUUUCUUCUCCUAUUUUCUCAAUUCACAAAAGUUCACUCCUUUCAUAGUCAAUUCUCUGAUCCUUCUCACCAUCUCUUCCAUCCUCCUUGUGUCUCAUGAAGACUCUUCAACUCCCAAGGGAGUCUCAAGACGAAAGCAUGUAAUCGGAUUCAUAUGCACCAUUCUUGCAUCUGCUGUGAAUGGAUUUGAACUCUCUUUGGCACAGUUCUGCUUUCGGAAGGUCAUAAAAAGGGAUACUUUUUCAGCAGUCAUGGAUAUGAUAGUCUAUCAGUCCAUGGUAGCAGCAAGUGCAAUCCUGGUGGGACUUCUUGUUAGUGGAGAAUGGAAAGGUCUAAAGGGAGAAAUGGAAGAAUUUGAACUAGGAAAGAUAUCGUAUAUCAUGGUUUUAGUAUGGAUAUGUAUAUUCUGGCAAGGUUUUGCUAUUGGAAGCACAGCACUGCUUUUUGAGGUGUCUUCUUUAUUCGCCAACUCCGUAACUGUUUUCGCGUUGCCUGUGGUUCCUAUUCUUGCUGUUAUCUUUUUGCGUGACAAAAUGGAUUGUAUAAAGGUAGUUGCCAUGUUUUUGGCUCUCUGGGGCUUUCUUUCAUAUGCCUACCAGCAUUAUCUAGAUAGCCAUGAGUCUGAAAGUGAACAAAAAGACAUAAAUGUCAAUAAUCAAGCUUUAAGAGCUUCCUCUGGUUGA